AUGGGUUCAAUGGGAAUCAGUGAGGCGCUGACGCCUUGGCAAGAAAUAGUCGCAGAAAAGCAGAGCGCAGUAAAGAAGCUGGUUCCAUCCGAAUGGAUUUUGCCGGAUGCCCUUUGGCAAGAUCUGACUCUUCCUCUAGAGGCCAAUCCAAAUCGCAUCAUCGAGAAAGACAUUCCACGUCGAAGUGGCCUUAUGUCUACUCGAGAACUUCAGAUUACAGAAGCCUACACCACAGCUCAACUGCUCUCCGCGCUGGCACAAGGAACCUUUUCAUCACUCGAGGUCACCACAGCUUUUUGCAAGAGGGCCGCUAUUGCCCAGCAACUCACAAGCUGCCUCACCGAAGUCUUCUACGAUUCUGCACUGAAACGUGCCAAGGAGCUCGACGACUAUCUCGCGUCUCAUGGGAGACCUUCGGGACCACUACACGGUCUCCCGAUCAGUCUCAAAGACAGUUUCAAGCUCAAGGGAAUCGACUCCAGCGUCGGGUUCGUGUCUCUGGUCAACAAGCCUGCCGAGCAAAACUCUGUGCUCGUCGACAUACUUCUUGAGCUGGGAGCCGUCUUGUAUGUUAAGACAAACAUCCCACAGACGAUGAUGACCGCAGAUUCCCAUAACAACGUAUGGGGUCGGACACUGAACCCGCAUAACACGACCUUGACUGCCGGUGGCAGCACCGGGGGAGAAGGGGCCUUGAUUGCCUUUCGAGGUUCUCCCCUGGGCAUAGGCACUGACAUCGCCGGCUCCAUUCGCAUCCCGUCUUUGUGCUGCGGAAUCUACGGUUUCAAGCCAUCCAGCGCGCGCAUUCCAUUUGGGAAUCAACAAGCUCCGGUUCCAGAUGAAUUUUCCCUCAUUCACUGUUCUGCAGGACCCAUGGCAAACUCCUUUGAGGCACUUCAGCUCCUCACCGAAGCUGUCAUCUCUGCUCGCCCAGCACGAAAAGACUCCACCUGUCUCGACGUUCCCUGGCAGACUUUGGCUCCCCUUUCAUCCUCGGAAAGGCUCAAUAUCGGUGUCUUGACAGAGGAUACUUCUCUCGCUUUUUACCCACCGGUCAAAAGAGUCUUGAACAAUACAUGUACUCUGCUAGCUGAAAAAGGCCAUAAUCUAGUCCCCAUCGGCCCUGAGAGGUCUCACGUCGCCAGUCUUGCGGAACUAUCAAUGGCAGCAUUCACGCUUGACAUAAAGGGGAUGUUUGCGUUUAUUGCAAGCUCAGGAGAGCCAGUCGUCCCGUCCGUGGCAGCGUGCGCGGCUCCCUCCCAAGGAGAAGCGCUGAAGUCGUUCUGGGCCGGCUUUGAGCAGAUGGACAUGUACCACAAGAUUGCCUCCUUGGAAGCGCAGAUACACAGGCUGAAAGAGGAAUGGAGGAAACUGUGGAAUGAGUUCAACCUAGAUGCUGUCAUCUGCCCUGGAGCCCAACACACCGCCGUUAAGCACGACACGUAUGGGUUUCCGCCCUUCACGGUGUUUUUGAACGUCUUGGAUUAUCCUGCUUGUAUUAUCCCUUUCGGAAAAGCCUCCAAAGACCUGGACCCCGAGGCAAAAGACUUUGGAGAUGCAGGAUCCUACAAUCCGGAAGAAACCGACCAGGCUCCAACUGCGAUUCAAGUCUUCACCAGUAACAUGAGAGAUGAGGUGUGCCUGCAGGUUGGAAAACUGAUAGAUGAGAUUUUGAACCAGUCGCAAGGGUAG